GUCCCUGGCCUGCCACCCCCCGUUGUACAUACGCGGCUAACCAAGCUUUUUUUUGGCCUCGGAAAUGUCUACAUCGCACCCGAUACCGCCCCACCGUCAGAAGCUCUGAAGGAACUCAUUUCCCUCGGCGGAGGCACAAUCACGCGACGCCUCCUUGUGGCCGACCUCGUUGUUGGUUUAUACGAUCCGAAGAAGUCGUGCGUGACGCCGCGAUGGAUACUUGGCGUAGAAGAUGUGACGGAUACUGCAUGCGUCUGCUUCACUGCAAGUAAAUUCGCAUGCAAGUUCCUACAGCGUCCUCUUCGCGUUGUGUCGUUUAAAGCUGACGAACUGUCGUAUCGUGCUCGUUAA